AACUCCAUUUAUUGGGGGCGAUACAAACUAUCCGCCUCUCGUCGCCGUUGUUGUCUCCUGCUGCGGCGUGUCGAGUGGUGCGAGGCGGCCAAACGGAGCAAAAUGGCGCUCACUUCCCAAGGAACAAAGAAAAAAGUUUGCUACUACUACGACGGUGAUGUUGGCAAUUAUUACUAUGGCCAGGGGCACCCCAUGAAGCCCCACCGCAUCCGCAUGACACACAACCUGUUGCUCAACUAUGGCCUCUACAGAAAGAUGGAGAUAUAUCGUCCGCACAAAGCCAGCGGAGAGGAGAUGACCAAGUACCACAGCGACGACUACAUCAAAUUCCUGCGCUCAAUCCGACCAGACAACAUGUCGGAGUACAGCAAACAAAUGCAGAGAUUUAACGUGGGGGAGGACUGUCCGGUGUUUGACGGUCUAUUUGAGUUCUGCCAGCUCUCCGGGGGGGGCUCUGUUGCCGGUGCAGUGAAGUUGAACAAACAGCAGACAGACAUCGCCAUCAACUGGGCUGGGGGCCUGCAUCACGCCAAGAAGUCUGAGGCCUCUGGGUUUUGCUACGUCAACGACAUCGUCCUGGCUAUUCUGGAAUUACUGAAGUACCACCAGAGAGUUCUGUACAUAGAUAUUGACAUCCACCAUGGCGACGGUGUGGAGGAGGCCUUCUACACCACAGAUCGUGUUAUGACCGUUUCCUUCCACAAGUAUGGAGAGUACUUCCCUGGCACAGGCGAUCUGAGGGACAUCGGUGCUGGAAAGGGGAAAUAUUACGCUGUGAAUUAUCCACUGAGAGAUGGGAUUGAUGAUGAGUCAUAUGAAGCCAUUUUCAAACCUAUCAUGGCCAAGGUGAUGGAGAUGUACCAGCCCAGCGCAGUGGUUCUGCAGUGUGGAGCCGAUUCUUUGUCAGGAGACAGGCUCGGCUGCUUCAACCUGACCAUCAAAGGUCAUGCCAAGUGUGUGGAGUACAUGAAGAGCUUCAACCUGCCUCUGUUGAUGCUGGGUGGAGGAGGCUACACCAUCCGUAACGUAGCACGCUGCUGGACAUACGAAACUGCCGUAGCCCUCGAUUCCUCCAUCCCAAAUGAGCUCCCAUACAACGAUUACUUUGAGUACUUUGGGCCGGACUUCAAGCUGCACAUCAGCCCGUCCAACAUGACCAACCAGAACACCAACGACUACCUGGAGAAGAUCAAGCAGCGGCUGUUUGAGAACUUGCGGAUGCUGCCUCACGCCCCGGGAGUUCAGAUGCAGGCCAUCCCUGAGGAUGCUGUGCAGGAGGACAGCGGAGACGAGGAGGAAGACGACCCCAACAAACGCAUCUCCAUCCGUGCUCAUGACAAGAGGAUAGCAUGUGAAGAGGAGUUCUCUGACUCCGAGGACGAAGGUGAAGGUGGACGCAGAAAUGCAGCCAGCUUCAAGAAGGCCAAGCGAACCAAAACCGAAGGAGAGAAGGAGGGAGAAGAAAAGGAGAAGAAAGGUGAGGAGGAAACAAAAGAAGUCAAAGCCGAGGAGAAGGUGCCGGAGGAGGAGAAAAUGGACACAUCAAAGCCAAAAGAGGAAUCGAAGACACCUUGAGGUCCCAACGAUGUCAGUGCAGCUGAUCAGAAAGGACCACGCAAGAUUUUUUUUAGAUAAAUCGUCCCAGGCUGCAGCCAUGGAAAUCAGUGAAGAACUGUACCUUUGUAAUGACUCAUCCUACUCCUUCAGAAUGGGAUGAGGCUCUGAACAUGUUUUUCUAGGACAACUUUUCAACUUUGCUGUUUAUGGACUGUAUUUUUUUUUGAGUAUCAUUUUCUAUGCUUUCUCAUUUUUGUUGUCCAGAAUCUUUUGAAGCGAUGACCUUGUGGAGCAACUUUGUAAAAAAUGGCUUCUUACAUGUAUGCUUUUAUGUAUCUGGUUGAUUUAAUUUAUUUAAAUCAUAGAUAUUUUUGGCUAUUCUGUUUUUUUUAUUAUGUCUUUCAGCCCCACUUUAGCCCUGUGCCUUUUUGAAUAUGUAGUUGAAGCAUGUUUGUACAAUAGAUCCUUUUCUGUAAUACAUUAGUGUCACUGGUUUUGCAAGCUACGGUCAUCAAGAAGGCUUAAGAGGGUUGUCUAAACCUAUAUACCUCUUACAUGUCACUAUAAUUACAUUCUUAGGUUUUAGUUUAUAAUAGGACAAGACACAUUCAUAUUUUCUUCGUUAAAUUUGUGUGACUCACAAUCUGUUUGGGUCCAGUAUCAGGCUUUGCUGAAAUUUGGACUGCGAGUACUGUUACUUUGAGUAACAUGCAGUAUAUUAUACUAUCGAGGAGUAUUGUAUAAAUGAGGUGAGACAAAUGCAAGAAUUCAUUAAUUAGUUGUUUAUAUUUGUAUUUUGAAAACAUAAGAAAAUUGUUUCACACAAGCUCUCAAAUGUCAUUUAAAUCUGAAAGACCCUGGUGGGUUGACCACAUUUUAAACAUCAAUAAAAUAAAAACUGCCCUAAAAAA